UAUAAACGCAGUUAAACAAACCUCCAAAGGCUUUUUGGUGAUAUCAGUGUGUACAGCCUCUAUACCAUCGCUCAACAGAGCCAGAAAACUAGUUUGACAGAAUAUUUUAUCUAAAAAAUGGUGAAAUGUUUUACAAUAACGCACCUGUGUGUCAUGUGAUCACAUGACUGACUGUACGUCAUCGACGUCCAACUUUCAUUUUAAGUGCUUUAUGGGAAUGAAAACUCCUGCGUUCUGAAAAUGGGAUGUUGUUUCUCCUCUCCCGAUGAAGACGCUGAGAGACAACAUUUGCUUCAGUCCAACAACAAAAGACAAACUGAAUCUGCAAGAUCACCAGCAGCUAAAGAAUCUGCAAGACCACCACGACCAGCAGCUACUGCAGAUGUAACGUUAGACCAGAAGAACGGCAGGUUUAUUGCUCGUCGUGUUGGUGUUCCCGGUCUCGAUGAGCGUUUCACUGACGUUGCUGAUACGUUCAACACACAGCAAGAACACUAUGAAACGAUGAAGAACAAGCUUCAGACUCUUGCAAGCCGCUACCACUGCCCAAAUAACGACAGUCUGUCUGAAUGCCUGAAGAAAAUCAAGGAAAAUCAUGAGCUCUGCCACAUCAGUCUGGAGGUGAAAGGAUACGACUUCAUUCUGAAGGUGAGAUCCGAGGCCGAAAUCUCCAGCGAACUGAAGCGGACGCAGGAGAACGUCACCGAGCUGAGCCGAGCCACCAAAUCCGUCAUCUCUGUAAGCACUAAACUCCACGAGAUGAUCGACUGGCUCCUUAAGGCCGAGGACAGCAUGAUCAGUCAGAUCGAAGCUGCUGAAUCCAGACACCAGGAGCAGAAGAGGCUUCUGGACAACCUGAAGGAAAACCUCAAAGAGGCUCGAAGAGCCAAAGAACUGAGUCCGAAGUACAGGAAAGAGGCUGGAAAUCUCCUCAAUGAGGCUGCACAGCUGUCUGGGAUCACACCAUGAACUGAGUUUAUCUCUUAAUAUUAUGAAGGAUUUUAAAAUGUUAAACAGUGAGAAGAAGACUUAUUAUAUCCCAUAAGUGGGAAAUUGCAGUGUUGCAGCUGCAAAAAACACAGUAGCUGUACAAAUAUACAAUAUACAUAAAAUUAUAUUAGAAUUAUAUUAUAACAUGUAUGUAUUAUAGUACAUUAAACCUGACUAGAGCAGUAGCGCAAGUUGCCUAAUGAAUAAUAUUGUCUUGACUGAUGAAGGACUAUCGUAUUUGUUUUUCAGUAUUUAAAUGUUAUUAAAGAUCCAUAAAUUUGUCCAAUAUAAUCUUUUUUAAAAUAUGCAUGGACAUAAUAAGAAAAAAAUGUAGUGUCUUGAUAAUUAUAAAACUCCCCUGUUUGAGAACAAACAUUGGAAGACAUAAUGAAGGGAUUUAUUAUUAUUUGAGCUCUUUGGUGUAUUUACUCAUGUGUAUUUUAGUUUCUGAAAGCACUUAAUACUUCAGAAUUGGCCUUGUACUGUGAAAAGGAGUAUAUAUGAAUACUGAUCCUGAAUCUUGAAAACUCUGCCUUUUUAACUGCCUUCUAUGGCUUAUAUGUUGUGAAUGAAUAAUAGAAUUAUUUUAGAAUGAUUGUUAAAUAAACAUUAUUUAACCUUU